AGGCAAUCACAAAGCAACAACAGCGGUCACAUACCAAAACCUACGUCCGCUUACGGUUUCCGUUUAGCUAGCUCCCAGGCAGCGAUCGAGCGAUGGCUUCCGGUCAGCAGGAGAGGUCGGAGCUGGACCGCAUGGCCCGCGAGGGGGAGACCGUCGUCCCCGGCGGCACCGGUGGGAAAACCCUCGAGGCGCAGGAGCACCUCGCCGACGGGCGCAGCCGCGGUGGGCAGACUCGGAAGGAGCAGCUGGGGGAGGAGGGAUACCGCGAGAUGGGUCACAAGGGCGGGGAGACUCGCAAGGAGCAGCUGGGGGAGGAGGGGUACCGCGAGAUGGGUCACAAGGGCGGGGAGACUCGCAAGGAGCAGCUCGGGGAGGAGGGGUACCGCGAGAUGGGGCACAAGGGCGGGGAGACUCGCAAGGACCAGCUCGGGGAGGAGGGGUACCGCGAGAUGGGGCGCAAGGGCGGGCUGAGCACCAUGCAGGAGUCCGGUGGCGAGCGCGCCGCCAGGGAGGGCAUCGAGAUCGAUGAGUCCAAGUUCAAGACCAAGUCCUAAAUAAUGUAGGUCAGUGUCUAGCUGAGUAGCUAGCUACUAGUGAGCAAGCUGUCUCCUCAUGUUUGUAGUAAUGAAUAAUGUAGGUCAAGGUCAGGUCUUGACAUGACGAGAGAGCACGCAUGUAGGCGAUCACAUGUACUGUGAUCAUGUGUGCUUUAGGUGUCUUAGCUUGUAGCGGUGACCAUGUGUUCUUCAGGUGUCCUAGUACUUCCUCUGUUCCGAAAUGUAAGUCGUUUAAGGGUUUGACGUGUAAAUUUCGUAACGCUACGAGAAUUUUUCACUUUCCAGAAAUGCCCUCCCACCACCGCUCGCUCUCACCCACUCAAGCUCACUCUCUCGUUCCCCUCUCACCCACCCGGCCACCCCUCUCUCGCUCCCCUCCAGAUCCCCGUCGUCGCCGGCCUCUCCUCGCCAUCGUCACCGCUAAGCCACCCCGCUUCCUCUCUUUCUCCGCACCAUCGAGCCACCCCGUUUCCUCCCACCGCCAGAAAUCCACCACCCGUAGGUCAAAAGCUUGAUUUUUUAGGCGCCGGCGAUGAGCUUCUGGCCGGCGGAGGCGCUGGAUCCGCGUGCUUCGACGCCGGCGACGAAGCGACAUGGAUCCGGGCGGGAUGCUGCUGGAGGACUUCGGGCUGUGGGUGGACCUGGUGCGGCGCAUCCGCGAGGUGCUGGCCAACUACCCGGAGGGCACCACCGCGCUGCGGGACGCCGGGAGCUCAUCCAGAACGCCGACGAUGCCGGGGCCUCGUGCGUCCGCCUCUGCCUCGACCGCCGCGCCCAUGGGUCCCGCUCGCUGCUCGCCCCCGCGCUUGCGCAGUGUACGCCAGCAACGACGCCGCCUUCACCGACGAAGAGUUCGCCAGCAUCCCCCGCAUCGGCGGCCGCAAGAAGUCCUCCCAGGCCUGGAAGACCGGCAGCAAGAUGGGCGCUAGCUACACUCUCUAUCGCUGCUGAGCUCUGCUUCGAGCUGCUGCUCUUUCAAUUUGAGCUGCGCUAGCUAAGCUCUUUCAAUCUGAACCAAUUGUUUUAAAGAAGGGCUAAUGAAAAAAGAUGUGUGAGGGUAUCAGUCAUUCUCAUGCCGGCAUGCUGCACUUUUCAGCUAGCAGAUGCAGAGCGAGUACUGGGCGAGGAGAUGAACCUAGGCGAGCAAAAUUGAGAACUCCGGCUGGAGCAGCUCCUGUCCAGCGGCGAGGACUUCAGCGGCAGCAGCACCUGUGCGUGGGGAGGAACAACACCUGGGCGCGUGCAGGCGGCAGCUCGCCUCCAACAGUGGGCGGCAGCAGAGCACCAGCUCGCCACCACCAGGGGCCGGCAGCAGAGCACCAGCUCGCCUCCACCAGCGGGCGGCAGCAGAGCACCACCUGGGCACGCGCGGGCCAGGAGGGGCCCCUGGGCGUGGGAGAGGAGGAGCGCCUGGGCAGGGGUGGAGGUGGAGGGCGGGGGAGGAGGCGGAGGUGGAAGGCAGGGAUGGAGGCGGAGGUGGAAGACGCCGAGGAAGAAGACGGGCUGAUUCAAAGUUUGAACUGGGGGCAUAAAGGUCCAUUUGCCCAUUUUCACCUGGUCGGAACAUAUUCCCCAGCGACUUACAUUUCGGAACGGAGGGAGUAGCUUGUAGUACGUCUCGUUGUGGCUUGUGAGUCAGCUUGCUAAUGUAUGUGAGUCGUCGUUAAAUCAGGUUGUGGCUUGUGAGUCAGCUUGCUAAUGUAUGUGAGUCGUUAAAUCAGGUCGUUGUUGAA